AUGGGCAUAGUCACAAGUGUCAAGAAGAACAAGGUCGGGGCAGUUGUUAUCUCCGUCUUCAACUGGUAUCCAUCUCACUACCCAAAGGAAGAGAGAAAGCUACUUCGAAAGCUUGAUCUAGCUAUCCUGAUAUUUGGAUCAUUAAGCUUCUUUUGUCGCUUCCUCGGCCAGCAAAACAUCACCAAUGCCUACGUCUCUGGUAUGAAAGAGGAUCUCCAUGCCUAUGGAAAUCAGCUUAACUACUAUGUCGUGGCUUACAACACGGCAUAUGUUAUGGGUCAGAUCCCCCUCAUGACGUUGCAAACCAAGGGAAAACUGGCACCAUUCUUACUCCCCUCCCUUCAAAUCAUUUGGGCCAUAAUUGCCUUUUGCCAGUCCGAAAUUAAACACAGUUGGCAUCUCUACAUUCUUAGAGCUUUGACAGGAUUUCUCGAAGCAAGCUCAUUUGGAGGCACACAUCUUAUUCUUGGUUCCUGGUUCAAGAACGAAGAACUCUUCAAGAGAGCAGGUGUCUGGUUCAUGGGUAACUCCCUAGGCUCCAUGUUCUCAGGCUACCUCCAAGCAGCUGCCUACCGAAAUCUCGACGGCGUCUUUGGACGUGCAGGCUGGCGAUGGCUCUUCAUCGUGCAGGGUAUCAUUACUCUGCCUAUAGCUUUCGUUGGAUUUGUUGUCUGGCCUGGACUGCCAACAUCACCUAGGAGAUGGUACAUGACAGAGCAAGAGCAUGCGCUUGCACUGAAGCGUAUCCCCACUGUUGAGAAAGAGGGUAUCACUUGGAAGACAUUCAAGUACACUUUGAGUCGACCUAUGUGGUGGAUCUGUGUCUCGUGCUACAUCUUCUUAUGCCAGGCCCACUACUGGACCGGCUACAUGGCGCUUUGGUUACGAAGCACUGGCUACUCAAUCGAGUUGGUCAACAUUCUUCCCACAUUCAUCGAUCUCCUACGCGCCAUUUCUUCUUGGCUCGGCACGACACUCGCUGGCUGUCUCAGUCUUCGUGGUCUCUGGACCUUCCAAGCCUCUUUCGUCUUUUUCGCCUGCAUUGUCUUGUCUAUCUGGACUGUACCCGAUGGCCUCAAAUUCGCUGCCUUUUACUUUGGUGGCUUUUCAGGCAUGGCGUCGCCCAUUCUCUAUUCAUGGGUCAACUCAACUCUGAAAGAGAAUUAUGGAGAACGAGGACUUAUCAUCUCUUCCAUGAUGACGCUGGGAUUCUGCAACCAGAUUUGGAUUCCUCUUUUUACGUUCCCAACGGUUGAGGCACCCAAAUUUCCUCACGGUUAUCCCGCGGCAACUGUCUUUGAGUUUACCAUGUGGGCGAUUCUGAUGGGUGGUGUUUGGUACAUGAACAGGUGGAAGGCAAAGCAUCCCGAUUUGGAAAUGCGUCUUGCGGCGAAUGAAGAUGCCAGUUCUGGAAAUGGUAUCGAUUGUGCAGACAGUGGAAGUGUGGAAGUUCAGCCAAAAGAUGCCAAAGCGACUAUUGCAACUUAUUAA